AAAAUUGCUUUAUUUAUUUUCAUCUAGGUCAAGAGAUUCAAUAUAUUUAUCUUUUGUUGUCAUUUUGUGAUAAUUUCUUCUUAUUAAUUUUGGGAGUAGAGAAAGUAGUAAUUAAAUAUUAAAUGUCACAUCUUAUUAAAACAAUUAAGUACAAAGAUAACGUUGGUUUGUGGAAGAAUAAGAAAUAUCUUAUAAAAGAGGCAUUUACAUCGAUGGAUACAGAUUCAGAUGGUUAUUUAGAUUAUCAAGAAGCUAAAACAGCAAUGAAAGCUUUGGGAUUGGCAAUAAAUAAAUCUUUUGUUUUGUCAGUUAUUCGUAUGUACGAUAAACGUGGUGAUAGUAAGAUUAGUUUUGAUGAUUUUUAUUAUGUUGUAUUUGAAAAGUUGAAAACACAAGAUCCUAUAGAUCAUCUUAAAUAUGCAUUCAAGAUUUUUACUGCAGAAUCUCCGAUUAAAAAAAUUAGAUUGGAAGAUUUACAAAGAAUUAAUAUUAAAAUUGAUUCUAAUCUGACACUUGAUGAGAUGCAGCUUAUGAUCAAAGAAUUUGAUAAAAAUGAAGAUGAUUCUAGUAAAACUAUUAUAUUAUGUUUUUUUUUUUUUGUAUAUAAAAUUUAUCAAUUGAAAAAUCUAUAUAAUUUAUCGAGUUAAAAGCAUUCUGCAUUAUUGUUUUUUUCU